CUGGUGGGUGGUGUUAUUUAGGUUUAUUUAAUUAUUUUAAUGGAAUGAGAUCAAACCCGGGACCUCACACAUGCUAAGCAUGUACUCUACCACUGAGCUAUGCCCUCCCCACCAGCCUUUCCUCUGAUUCUACGUAAUCCCUCAUGGCUUUCCACUGAUGUCCUCUGCCCAGGGUAGCCCUGUCGGUUUCUGUUGCAGGCAACCAGAGAUCCUGGCUGAUAUACCCUGGUCCCUGUUGGCAGUUUCUCCAGACACAUCCCAAACCAUUCCCACUCUGACCUUCACCUUCUGCUUUUAAGGAUCUGCCUACAGUUCUCCCAGUCCAUGCCUGCUACUUUGUGCCUCUGAACCUUCAUCCCUGCCGUUCCUUCUGCCAGGAAUGCCCUUCCCACCUUACUUCUUCUUGCUCAUUCUUGUCCUCAAGAACCACCUCAGACAUUGUCACUCUGUAGGGACUUCCUCCCACCCUCCUCCCCACCCCAUUCCACCCCCAGGCUCUGACCCUCUGGGCAGACCUACACCCUGGGCUUCUCUCCCUCUGUGCCAGCUUUCUCUUGUCUGAACCCAAAGCCAGAACCUGCCCACCUUCAUUUCUUGGUUGGUCUCAACAAAUGUUUGAUGGGCUCCAGGAGCAUAGAGGGGCAGACAGACCUUCUCAGGGACUCCCCGGCCAAGUAGGAUCAAAUCCAUUGCCCACUGAUGGCGUCAGGAGGGAAACUGCUAAGUGAGAGAUGGGGGAAUUGUCCAAGAAUAACAGUGAGCCCAGUUCCUCUGGAUUAGCCAUUGUCCCAGCCUUAGUCAGAGCCCCAGCCCCUGCCCCAGCUCCAGCCACAGACCUGACCUCACACCCCACCAUCAGCCUCAACCCUGUUUCCAUCCCUGCAUAGGCCCCAAUCCCUGCCCCUGCCCCUGCCCCAGCACCUGCCGCCACCUCUGCCCUCACUGCAGGUCCUCCCCACGCAGCAUCCUUCCCCAACCCCCCUGAGGCUGUGACUUCCCAGGCUGCCCUCUGCAGAGGCCCUGAGAAAGGCCUGGUCAGCUGGUUGGACAGUGAAUGGAGCGGGGAUAUUGGGGUGGGCACCAGGCCCAGCUUCCCCCAGUGGCACAGGCCCAGCAGCUCCAACACCAGGUAACAGGGCCGAGCCACAGGCAGGAGCAGGGGCAGGGCCCAGGGUUAGGUCCCAAAGGCUCCUUCAGUUUCCCCCUCCCCUGCCCUGGGCCAGGCUUUGUCCUGAGCCACGGGCAGGGCUGAGCCCUCCAUGGUGGCUGAGUGUCCUAGCUGGGGAAGUGCCCGAGCUAUAGCUACCCAAAAUCAGAUAAAAGGAGGUAAGAGGGGGACUCCCAGGACAAGCCAGUGGGAUUUGGGAAACUCACAAAAUGGGAACAUCAAGAAAGACCCCCACCUUGAUCUUUGACCAAGAUGACCAGCCUAGAAAGAAAGGCAAAAGUAGCCCACGUCUUCCCUGGGGUCACCAGUGCUUCUCCACCCCUUCUCCUUGGGAACUGAACCAGGGGGCAGGGUGUGGAGGGCCACGGGACUGUGGGGAAUCGAGCCCUGCACCCCCAAGUGGAUCCUGCAAUGGACAUGCUGUGAAGAUAGGAGCCAGCAUUGUGAUGUCACAGGCUGGCUGUGACUUUGUGCUCCUGGAGCUGUCGGGUGAGUCAAUGGUCCCCUUGCUCCUCCCCGUGCUCAAAUCCCCAUGCUGGAUGCUCAGAGCUGGAAGGGCUGACCGUGCAGCCCUCACUUUCUCUCCCUGCUCCUCUCAUGUGCUGGGGCUGGCCCAGCGGAUGGCCAAUGAACAGCGCUUAGGGAGACUUUCUUCUUUUGGCCACAAUGAGCAACCAGGCUUCGGCGAGUGACCCGGGAACUCUUUGCCAGGCUGUGUUGAAACUACCUGUUAACUAGGCCACCUUCCCAGCCUGACCAUAAGCUUAUUCAAAGUGUCUGUCUUGGCUCCCACUCUGGCCGGAUAAGCUCUGUAGAAGCUCAGAGUAUAUGGUGUCAGUUAAAUGCGUAACAGAGUGGAGGGGUGGGUAGGUAGAGGCAGAUUGCUAAGUGCCUUCUCCCUGUGAGGGCCACUCUCUGAACCAGCCCCAGCUCUGACCUUAGGACUCUUUCCUGAAUGCUCCUGGAAGCCAGCAUAGAAGUCCCAGGCAUCUUGGCGUCCUUGAGACUUGAUGCCACUGCAGAAUGGCACAUUGAUCCCUGCAGAGCUGGGGGCACAGCUCAGAGGUCCCAGAUUUUGGAUUUAAUGAAACCCAAGUCCAAAUCCAGUCCCACUGUAUGUCCUUGAGCUGGUCACAGGGGCCCCCUCUGAACCUCUGUUUCCUUUUCUAUGAAGUUGGAAUGUAACCUGACUUCUGAGGACGGUCAGGAGGCUCAGAAGAGAAAGUUGUGGCCUUGACUGUUGCUGCGGCCACUUGUCCUCUUCCUGCCUGGCCCAUGUGGCCCUCAUCGUCCAGUGCAGCCUAAGGUAGUGAGGGGCAAUGCCGGCGGCUGUGGACAGUGGCCAGAGGGCUGGCCCAAGCAAUACCAGUGACAAGGACAGGGACCUGCAGGUGCUGCUCCAGGAACUCUGCCAGCUCCAGGCAAAGCAAAGGAGGCUGAAGAGGGAGGUGGAGAAGCACAAGCGUUUUGAAGAUUAUCUGAUCAAGGUCCUUGAGAAAAUCCCCAAGGGCCACAACCAAGGGGAGGAGCCAGAGGAGGCCCUGGUGGAGGCCAUGGUGGAGCACUACGGGAGGCUCUUCACAGUCAGCCAGGACAUCCAGAAGCAUGUGGAGGCCUUCUCCAGGAUGAGCCAGGCAGUCCACCAGAGCCUGGCGUCUCUAGAGGAGGGCCACAGGGCUCUUAUCCCGAGCCUCAAGAUCCGGCUGUGCCAGCUGCAGAGGAGGUGUCAUCGCAAACAGGAGCAGUGGCAGCUGCUGGAACGUGGUGUCACCUACCAGAAGGACACAGGCAGCUGUAAUGUGGAAAGCAAGGCUGCUGCAGCUGAUCACAGCCCUGAGGGCCUGCAGUCGAGCCGGCCCUCCUCCACGCCCUCUUCUGGCCCCUUCCCUGGGUGUAGACCACAGAUGUCCGCAGCCGGGAGGACCCUCUGGAAAGUUAGUCGGUCCAGUGUCCUCCUUUGCAGGGAAGGAUGCUCUGGCCCCGAGGAGGGUGGGGACUCAUCCAAGCCCCUUUGGGUGUGGAGCACAGACCAGGAUGAGAAGGGGGAUCCUGGCUCCAGGAGGCUGCUCUGGCCUGAGGGAGCUGGGGACAGGGGGUGGGGGAUUCUGGGAGAGGGCCUGAGCCUUCUCCUCCUGCAGAACCAGCUGCUCAACCACAUGCAAGUGGCCAUCAACCACAUGGCCCAGCAGUGCUGCUCCCCUGCCCGCGGCGUGCCCAAGAGCAUGGGCCUCUUCUCCCAGCUCGACCUGAUCCAGGAAUUUAUGUUGGACAAAAUGGAGACUGUGAAGUUUAUCUCACUGCUCAAGGGACCCAGAGUGUGCUGGUCAGGGGACAAUCCCAAGGACCAGGGCCUCAGAAGUUACCCCAGACCCUUCAGGAAAUAUUCAAAGAGUCCAGAUUCGAUCCCCAAAACCCCCUUUCCCAGAACCCAGAUUUCAGAACGCUCCGGCCUGUACUGACACAGCCCGCGGCCACACAACCCUGCCAGCAUCACGACCAUCUCCUUACCUGCGUGGCCCCCUUUAUUCACCGCCAGCGCUCCGAAGUGGGUAGGAGCCAGCCUGUGGGCAGAGAGAGGGCGGCCAGGAUCCUGGGGCCAGCUGGGAUUGAGGGGAUGCUGUUUCCCGCGUUGGGGGAUUGGCAGGGGUCAAGGUGAGGUCUGUCUGGGACUGUAGGGGAAAGAGAGAGGGAGGUUCCUGAGACAGCAGCCGGGUGGGAAGUCCAAGGGGGAAGACCUGCACCCAGAAGCCGGGGCUGCAAUUCUCACUGUCCCCAGUGGGUUUGUCUGAGACCAAGGAGCUUUGGAUAAAUGCCCGUCUAUUGGGAAUGCCCGAGUCACAGGAACUCUCACAAAGAGCCACCUGGAGCCAUGGGAGGCAUGGAGCUGGCCUUGCCCACACUAGACGGGGGGCGCUCAGUUUGUAGAGGGGCAUCUCACCACUGGCUCCCAGAAGCUGAAUACCAGUCAGCGCCUUCUGCCCACCUGAGGGUCCCAGAGCUGUCUGGAGUGAGGGCUACUGUCAGGGGGAGUCGGGUAAGGCAAAGCCCCUCUCUGGGCUGGUUUUCCCACCUGUGAACUUGGGUGCAAGGAUGUAUGAGGGAGUCCCCUGUCCAGUCUGACACUGGAAAUGUCUGCGUGGACGGACGGCACUGGCCUGGUGUUACUGAGACACUGGGGUAAGAAUCAUCCCAGCAACCCCCGCAGGCUCAGAAGGAUUCACCUCUGGGAGUCUGCUGACGUUAACUGAUUCAGGGACAAGUUGAAAGUUCAGAGCAGCUGGCUUUCAGGGCAACUGGUUUGUGGCGACUAGUGGCAAGUCAGCAAAUGAACUUUCAAAGAGAAGUUUCAGAAAGGAUGCUGCUGUUCCUUCAACGGACACUGAAGGUCUGCCGUGUUCCAGGUGCCGCUGGGAGAGGGGAUAGGAGGUUCGGAGGGAAGGAGGGUGGGGGAUUGAAUAGCACUUGGCCACUGACUUCAUUAGGGAAGCCAAAUAUGUUAAAGAAGGUUAGAUGGGGUCAGGUCUUAACAGCAGUUUAAAGAAAGUGGGAUCUGAGAAGCAUCAUUUCUAGUUUCCAAUUUCUAAGGUCUUUGGAGCAAAGAGGGUGCUUUGGAACCCAGGUAGGGCUUGAGUCGCAUUUCAGAAAGGAGAGGUUGGGGGAGGGCUAGAGAAAGUGAGGGAAACACCGGGGAGGGCUUCCAGCUUGGCUGGAGCACAAAGAACCUGAUGGGCAAGUCUGAGAAGGUGUGCUGGGGAGCCAUCGGGGGUCCCCAAGGCCAGGCUCGGAAGUUUGGACUUUGGUCUAGGGGCCACACACAGGGGAGGCUUAGUCCAUUCUGGCUGCUGUAACAAAAUACCAUACACCGGGUGGCUUAGCAACAGCUCUUUAUUUCUCAUCGUUCUGGAGGCUGAAGUCCAAGACCAAGGCACCAGCAGGUGUCUGGUGAGAGCCCGCCUCCUGGCUCACACGGUGGAAGGGCUGAGGAAGCCCUCUAGGGUCUCUUUUAUAGGGACGCUAAUCCCAUUCGUGAGGGCUCUGCCCUCAUGACCUAAUCACCUCUAAGAGGCUCCCCCACCUCUUAACAGCGUCACACUGCGGGUUAGGAUUUCAACAUGUGAAUCUGGGGGGGACAGAACAUUCAGUUCAGACCACAGUCAUUCUUUAUUUGCAUUCUCUCCCCACAAUAUCCGUUUUACAAAGAGAUCUGAAGUAUCUCAUUAAUCUCCUUGGAGUGUGGGGGCACACGUUAGGCCAAGGAUUCUUAGAUCUGAACAUUCCUCGGAAAGCUUGUUACAACAGAGUGAGGGCCCACCCUUAUCUGAUCCAGCAGCCCUCAGGGGGCCAGGCUUUAGAAUCUGCAUUUCCAACAAGUUCCCAGGUGAUGCUGAUGCUUCUAGUCCCACGGCCCCACUUUGAGAACUGCUGCUUUGGAGUCAUGGCAAAUUCCCUAAUGCCUGAGCUGGGCUCUGUUCCACCUGGAGCACCGACUCCCCCUGCCUGGACUCCAGGCCCCCAUCAGCACUGUGGGCACCUGACAUUCUGGGAGGGCUGCCUGCACCCCAUCUGACCUGCUGAAGGUGCUGGACAUAACACCUCCUUAGGGGCCCAGAGCACCGUUCUCUGGCUUUGUGGCUUUGCCCACUAGGGGUCUGUGAAGAGCUGUUGUCAUUCUGUCCCCUGCCAUCUGCCUGUUGUGCAUUUGUAGGUCUAGUUCAGAUGUUUGAUCCCCCUCCUUGGGGAGGAGGAAUAUCAGAACAGAUGCCUGGUGUGGCAGUGACCUGGCCAUUAAUCUAAGUUUGCAGUGAGCUUCCUAGUCUUUUAGGAGCUCCCAGUCUCCCUUGGGUGGGGCUUGGGUCAUAAAAUUGGCAAAUGGGCACUGCGCUCAGGGGCGCCGCCCUCUCCAGCCGCUGGCAUGUGCUGAACACUGGGGGUCAUCCUUGCUGGGCUUUUUUGUCACACAGCUCUCUCAGCCCUGCCCCUACGCCUUUAAAGCACUCCCAUCCUGGGUUCCAUAUGAGCUGGAGAAAGGCCUUUGAGUGUAUGCGGAGGGGAAAAGCUGGAAAUACCAUUUCAUCUGACUGCUCAUCCAGACCCUGAGACCCCAAGACACCAGGAGGCCUAGGGCUUGGACACUUUCUGAGACUGAGAGCUCAUUACCUGACAUCUAAUUCCAGCUUUAAUUUUCUUCAAGUGUGAGAAAAGCCUUCCUACACACCAUUUGGGAAGAGCUGGGUUAUUAGCUAAUGGCUGGUGCUGAGAAAAUUGCCUAUCUGGCAGGAAGAUCAAAUUAUGUCCUUUUCCCACACCGUAUUCUGUGGUAUAUUCCAGUUCCUUUGAGUGGUGGUUUCCCAACUUCAAUGUUUAUUAAAAUCGCCUGUGACACUUGCUAAACAGGGCUUAUUCUCAAAAAUUCUGAUUCUGGCAUGAGCCCCCCAACCCCAGUCUGGAUUUUUAACAAGCAUUCCAGAUGGCUCCAAUGCAGCUUAGUCUCUGAUUGCAGCGUGUGAAACACUGGGUUUCCCAGUGUCAAAGAGAAGAAAACCUGCUCCACAUUUACUUGGUCUUGAAUCAGGAAGAACUUUAGAAGCAUGGACGCAAUAGUGCCUCUACCUCAGAGCACAGCAAAAUAUCUACAGACAAUAAAUGGAGAGAAAUGAUGAGAAAUUUGAAAACGAGUCAAUGUUUUUGAUAUUCGAAAAACUCUUAUGAAGUAAAAAAAAUUGAUAUCAAUUGUUCAUUUCAGCAAAUCACAAAAUAAAAAUGGCCUAUAAACAUGAAAACUAUUUUGCCUCACUAAAAAUUUACAUCAUGUAAUUUCUGCCCAUCAGAAAAUUUUUAGCAAAGACACUAAUGCGUGUAAGACAGGCCCUUCAACACUGAAACGUUUGCAUAAACUCUCUGGAAAGCAAUUUGAUAAGAAGGAGGUCUCAAGAGGCUCAAAUUUUUUUAUGUCUUUUGGCUCAGUGAUUCUUAGAUCAAGAAAUUUAUGUUAAUAAAACCAGAGCUAUUUGGUUCAAAAUGACAGAAAGCCCAACUUGGCUUAAACUCAACUUGGCUUAAGUCCAAAAGAAUGAAUUAGCAUAUAAAACAGAAAGACCAGGGAUUCCAGAGCUUCAGGAACAGCUUGAUCCCGAGUUCAAUGUCAACAGAAUCCAGAAAUGUGUGGGUGUUUUUCUGUGCUCCUACAUCUUGGCUUCAGUGUAAAUAGGAUGGCUGCCUACAA